UGCGUCGUAGUAAAGGCGGAAGUUCAACAUGCGCAUGCGCAUUACUAACUCCUGUCAGUUUGAAGUCAAGCGAGGGAAACAAUCCGAAGUACAAACUUAGGUCAUUGCCAGCACCAUGCCUGUCUGCGUGAUGGGUGCGGGGCCAAGUGGACCUGCCCACCUGACCACAAUAUCCAUCUCACAGGUCAGCAGCGGCAGCAACCAUACCAACCUGUCGGUCAAGGGCAGAGUGGUCCACAAAGGUCCUCUGGUGCCGUCAGACAGCCACAAGUUCCUCCUGAAGGCCAUCAUCCGAGAAGACGACGCCGAUUCAAACUUGACGCCUCAGGACGUGUCCAUAAACGUGGUCCUGUUUGGGACUCUGGCCAAGGACUUCUCACAGACUGUCAGUCAAGGGGACGUGGUGGCAGCUUCCGGUUUCACUGUGGGCAAGUCUCCCACGGCCUCCACGGACAGGCUUCACCCGUGCAACCUGCUGCUGUCAGGAGAGCACGCCUUCAUUCACGUGUAUCAAGCACCGCCCACUGACCGCGCAUCCCAGGGAGCCGAUAAGAGGAAGGGACCCUCGCUCCCUGCUAAGGUGUCCAAGGUUCCAAAGUACACGUACACCAAGCUGGACGACCUGAAGCCCGGCGAGGUGGUCAACGUGUACGGCGUGGUGGUCUUCUUCAAGCCGCCAUUCAAGAGCCGCGGCUCAGACUUCUGCUCCAGCCUGAAGAUCACGGAUCAGUCCCAACGUAAGAUCGGCUGCACCAUCUUCUGUGACAAACCGGAGUCCCAUCCCCAGAUCUUCCAGAUCGGCGACAUCAUCCGCAUGCAUCGGGUCAAGCCCCAUGUCUACUACGACACCCUCACGCUGCUCAACACCUUCGGUUUUUCCGCCCUGGCGUUUGACGGGGCGGUCGGCGCCGCCAUGGAGCCCCGGACCGCCAGCAGGUCCUUCCACUUCACGGCGGACGAUCGCCGCGUUGUGCGGGAGCUGCGAUCGUGGGCCGCCGGCGAGGCCUCUCUGCCGUCUUCGGACACCACCAUCACGCUGUCUGCUGUCCAGCCCAAAAUGUACUUUGACUUCACCUGCCAGCUGCUCUCCAAAGCCACCGUCGACACCACGUGCAUGCUGCUGAGGGUAUGGGACGGCACCAGGUGUUCUCACUCUCUGCUGAAGGUGAAGGCAGAUCCCGACAUUGUGGAGGGGCCCGCCUCCUUCUCCAAGGAGCAGGAGAAACUCAUCGCCAGUGUGCUGGUCUUCGACAACCACGCGCAAUUCGCCAAGCAGAUCAAGCCAGGAGACUUCCUGAGGAUCUACAACCUGCGAGCCAUCCCGGGGUCGGUGCAGGUGCCCGGCCUGAGCAGCAGCCAACCAGAGGAGGUCAACCACCUGUCCUUCCACCUGCACGGCGGCACGGCGUACGGCAAGGGGAUCCGCGUCCUCCCCGACGACUGCCCUGACGUGCGGCAGCUGAAGAGGGCGACGGAGGCGUUCCAGGACGAGGUCGACCAACACACGCUGAGCGACUCGCUGCUGUGGGACGUGUGGGACUCUCCCAGACCAGGUGGAGUAUGUGGCGCUUCACCGCAGUGUCUCACAGGGAGGACGUGCGACCACAUUCUCAGGCCGCUGACGUUGCGCGAGCUGAAGCGCGCCGUCCCGGGCGGGGUCCACCACGUCAGAGUCCAGCUCAGGUCCUACGAGCCCCGCGGACUCCACCAGGCUCUCAAACUCUACUGCAGCAAGUGCUCAACCAUGCAGGACGUCCCAGACGACCAGCACUUGGCAGGCCUCUUCGAGGCGUCGGCCAACUGCGGACCCUACACUCCCCCGCCGUGGACUUUGUCUGGCGAGGUCCACGUUCCCGGAGAACUGCUGCGAGGACCGCCUGAUCGCAUUGUGAACGUCCACAUGUCGGCCCAGCUGGUGUCCAAGGGCAAGACCAAAGAGCUCAUGUUCCUCACAGGUUGCAGCCUGAAGGAGGCGUGUGACCUAGCAGCCGACUACCACAACGUAGUCCCGCUGACGUCAUCAGGAGGUGUGUUGGCGCUGCUCCACCCGACGGCACCUUUCCUCUUCAGGGGCAGGAAGAGAUUCUACAGGUGCCAGCGAUGCUCCCAGUCCUCCGUGAGAGAACCACCCGCUGAUGGACUUCUGGACCAGAAGACUCUUGCAGAAGUGUUCAACGUCCAGCUGCUGGACUUUGUCCUGCUGAUGAAGUUCCAGCUGCAGGACCCCACCGACACCCUGGACGUCUUCUUGUGGACACAUGCUGAGUCCUUCUUCAAAGUGUCAGCAGAAGACGCCGCAGUCAAUCAGGAGGCCCAGGACAGCAUUCGUCAAACUGUGGAGCGUCUGUGUCCACCAGGGGACAUCACAGGCAUGUAUCACACACCUAUCAAUACACUUGAACACCUGUCACACACCUGGACACAUAUCACACACCUGAACACAUGUCACACACCUGGACACAUGUCACACACCUGGACACAUAUCACACACCUGAACACAUAUCACACACCUGAACACAUAUCACACACCUGAACACAUAUCACACACCUGGACACAUGUCACACAC